AUGUAUCUCAAAUCUUACCCCUUAGGUUUUGAUGAUGGACAGCUUUGUAUAGAUCUUCGCGACAACCUCUUCGCACAUCUAUCCCCUAGGACUAAUGGAGCAGGAAAAGUCUUGGAGGAUAAGGGUAUGUCUCAAAACGAAGUCUCGUCGGACAGCCUAUCAGAAGAGGAUGACAAUCCGGAAGCAGACUCAGACCAAACCCAUGUCAGCCAGGCGAACUCACAAGCUAUAGUAUCUCGUGUGUUCCCAUGCUGGAAUUUUGAAGGAAACUAUGAGUUCUCAGAUCUUGGUAAGAUUUGGUUAACAUGGCAUCCUUCUGUUCAAGUUACUAUCAUCUGCAAAUCUCUCCAGAUGAUCACCUGCCUAGUCAAGCUGCCCUUCGUCUCUGAUCAGAUAGUUGUCUCUGUGGUUUAUGCAUCUUCCACCUGUAGUGCUUCCCGGAGAUCUUUGUGGGCUGAGAUAGUUGAUCUCUCUCAGAACUCUUCUAUCUCAACAAAACCGUGGACCGUCCUGGGGGAUUUUAAUCAAAUUCUGCUGCCUCACGAGCAUUCAAACCUUGAAGCUCACUCCGUUCCAUCUGGUAUGCGAGAACUAAGUCAGUGUUUGCUUUCCUCCUCUCUGUCUGACCUACCUUAUUGCGGAAGUACCUUCACCUGGACGAACAAGCAUAGUAUUGGUCUAGUUGCUAAAAAGUUGGACAGAGUAGUGGUAAACGACGUAUGGUUGGCUGCUUUCCCCACAUCACUUGCUGUUUUUGGUGAACCCGCUUUUUCGGAUCAUAGCCCUGGAUGCAUCUUCCUGGAUUGUCAAAAGCAGAAGCGUAAGAAGCCUUUUAAGUUCUUGUCUCUACUUAAUCAAAAUCCGGAGUUUGGACCUCUUAUCAAGGUCUGGUGGGACGCUCUCCAGUUUGAUGGGACUCAAAUGUUCAAAAUUUCAAAGAAACUAAAGCUUCUGAAAAACGUGAUAAGAGACUUUAGCAAGGUGAACUACUCCGGAAUAGAAAAACGGGUUCAGGAGGCUUAUGCAAACCUGCUUGCUUGCCAGCAAGACCUCUUAGCUACUCCAUCAUCUGAGAACGUGGACAAAGAGAAAGAAGCACAUAGGAUCUGGACCUCCCUUGCUUUAGCGGAAGAAUCCUUCUUAAAGCAGAGAUCGCACGACAAUGACCAGGUAGUGGACUCCAGACAGGGAAUUCAAAACCUUGUCGUGGACUUCUACAAAGGUUUGUUUGGAGGUCAAAGUGCGCGCUCUUCAGUUUCAGUUUCAGAAAUUGCGGACCUCGUCACCCAACGCUGUUCUUCAAGCGCUAUCCAGAUUCUAAAUGCGCCAUACUCACCAGAGGAGAUAAAAAAAGCAACCUUUUCGCUUCCCAGAAACAAGGCCCCGGGACCAGAUGGCUAUUGUGUCGAGUUCUUCACUGCUCAGUGGGAAACAGUAGGUAGCUCAGCGAUCGAGGCUGUUACUGAAUUCUUCAGGUCAGGGAAGAUGCUCAAGCAGUGGAAUGCAACAAUCAUCACCCUCAUCCCGAAAACCCCAAACGCGCAGCGGGUGGGGGAGUUCCGUCCUAUUGCGUGCUGUAACACUUUAUACAAGAUAGUGUCUAAGCUUCUGGCAAACAGACUAAAGAGGGUCAUCCCGGAUCUGGUCUCCAACUCCCAAUCAGCUUUCAUCCCGGGUAGACUUUUGGUAGAAAAUGUUCUGUUGGCUACUGAAUUAGUGCAAGGCUACAACCAGAAAAACAUUUCGCAAAGGGGAAUGCUCAAGGUGGAUCUCAAGAAGGCCUUUGACUCUGUUAUUUGGGAGUUUAUAAUCAACACACUAAAGGCAAUGGAGUUCCCAGCGCACUUCAUCUCUCUGAUAAAGCAGUGUAUUUCUACAGCAAGCUUCUCUAUCUGCAUCAAUGGGGAAUUGUGUGGCCACUUCACGGGAUCAAAGGGGUUGAGACAAGGUGACUCCAUCUCACCGUAUCUAUUCGUUUUGGUCAUGGAAGUCUUUUCGCAGAUGCUAAGGAAGGCAUACAACAACAGCCUCAUAGGAGCUCACGCUAAUACCUCGAACCCUCAGGUUACCCACCUAGCGUUUGCCGAUGACAUCAUGGUUUUCUUUGACGGGAAACUAAACUCCUUGUCAAACAUUACUGGGGUUCUCCAUGAGUUCUCAGCUGCCUCAGGUCUUCACAUGAAUAAGAGCAAGACGGACCUGUACCUAGCGGGAGUGACUCAGGUUGAAACCUCUCUGAUGGCAUCUCUUGGUUUCAACAUCGGUUCACUUCAAGUAAGGUACUUAGGCCUCCCUCUCAUGCACAGAAAACUAAGGCUAUCAGAAUACAGGCCACUGUUGGAUGCUUUGACAAAACGUUUCAGCUCGUGGGCAGCAAGAGCCCUUUCAUACGCGGGCAGGCUGCAACUCCUAUCCUCUGUGAUCCAUGGUACUCUAAACUUCUGGAUGUCGGCAUUUAUCCUACCAAAAGGCUGCAUCAAAAAGGUUGAGAGUCUAUGCAGGAACUUCCUGUGGAAUGGUGAUGUAACCAAGCGGGGCUCAGCAAAAGUCGCCUGGAGCAACGUGUGUCUUCCGAAAGAAGAAGGGGGACUGGGUCUGAGGAACUUAAGCUUUUGGAACAGGACACUCUGCCUCAAAUUAAUUUGGAGACUGUUUAGUGCAUCCGACUCAUUGUGGGCGUUGUGGUUGCGCAAUACCAAGAUAAAGGAUGGUUCUUUCUGGGCUAUUGAUGCAAAGAAACAAUCUUCAUGGACCUGGAAGGCCAUGUUGAACCUGAGACACACUGCAAGACAUUUCCUCAAGGCAAGGCUUGGUAACGGUCAACAGUUAAAUUUCUGGUAUGAUUGCUGGACCCCUUUUGGCCCACUAAUAGACUACCUCGGACCAUCGGGACCAAAUCAAGUGGGUAUCCCUCUUCAAGGUAAAGUGGCCCACGCAUGUUCGCCAACAGGAUGGAAUCUAAGGCCUGCUCGCUCAAAUCAAGCCUUGGACCUCCAUAUAUUCCUUGCCACGAUACAGAGUCCACUCCUUGCGUUGGAACAAGAUAGCUUCUUCUGGAUGACUGGUCCGGUCGAGUUCCAAAUGUUCUCAACAAAGAGGACCUGGGAGGAGAUCAGACCGAGACAGAAUCCUCUUCCUUGGACUUCUCAGGUAUGGUUUAAGGGUGCAAUACCCAGACAUGCGUUUAUGAUGUGGCUUCUGCACCUAGACAGGCUACCUACGAAAGCGAGACUUGCUAGCUGGGACUCACACAUCGACGCAACUUGCUGUCUCUGUGGUUGCUACCAGGAAACCCGUGAUCACCUUUUCCUCCACUGUAAGGUCAGCGAGGAUCUCUGGUCUGAAGUAACUAGAAGACUAGGCUACCGCUCUUUCUCUUUUCACACUUGGGAUGCUUUCACCAGCUGGAUGGACAUGAAAGACAAAACUUCAACUCGUCCCCUCCAAAGACUAGUCACACAAGCCACUGUUUACGCAUUAUGGUGGGAGCGCAACACCAGGUACCACCACAACAUAUCCACCGAGACUACUAUCUUAUUCAAGGGACUUGACAAGCAGAUUAGGGAUGCAAUACUGGCGAAAAAGGCUAGGAAGCAGUUUAAGGCUGCUAUGGCAUUGUGGUUAAAGUAUAUUUAG